CUUUCAGGAGUUAUCUGAUUACAGUCUUCUUGCAGCUAUGUCCCUUUCCUUACCAUCAUCACUAGAAUUCUUCAAAGGUAACUCUUUAAAUAUUUAAUCUACCUUAUCCUACUUUCAAGAAUUUAUCUUCUGCUAAAAUUAAUAUACUCUGUAUGAAGUACAUUAACAUAUGCAGAGUUCAUUCAUCCUGGUAAUGGCACUGAUAAGAUUACAAGCAUUAUCAAAUCUUAUCUAUGAUAAAAAUACCACCACACUUAUUUUCAGUCUACCUCUGUUACUGCUACUUAUUAGUUGUCUGUGCUGUACUUCCUUCUGGUGAAAUGAUAAUAUGGUAGUUCAAUAAAUAUAAAACCACUAAUGUUCUUAAUGCUAUGGCUAAAAUCUGACAUAACACAGCAAUUUAUAUUAUGAUAUCCAUUCCAAGUUCACUGCGCUAUUCAUACCACAUGUUCAGUAAAUAUGUGAUGGUAUGAAAAAAAAAAUUCUUCUGAGAGAUACCAAAUUGGUGGUUACCUGCACAAGAAACAGUCACAAUGUUUACAAAAAGUGGAAUUUCAAUCACAUUUAUUAUAUUGGUUCAUCACUUGACUCUAUUUAGUGUCUCCAGUGAAAACACCAUAAGAACACCAUGCUGCUACAACAUUUCCUCUAGUUAUGAAGAUUUAAUUUUCGUUUGUUCUUGCUCCCUGGGAAAUGAUAUGUUGAUAAUUGAGGACUCAAGAGUGAGCUGUGGAGAGGAUCACUUCUUUAUUCCAAAUACCACAACUCAAUGGAAUGUGGGUGAAUGUGGUGAUGUCCACCUCAGUGGAUCAGCACUGGCUCAGCUUCCAUACCUACAUUCACUUCAUCUUCACGACAUUGACCAAAUUCAUCUGGCGCCAGACUUUUUCAAUCAGUAUAGCACACACCUCAAAUCACUUAGAAUAUCCCACGCCAAAUUUUCUCCACCUGAAGUAUCACUUGAUAUUCAUGCUCAGAAACUGGAAAGUAUCACACUUGAGCAUCUCACCUUGGAAGGAGAUUUCAGUGUCUUACUUCAGACACAAGAUACUCAUCACCUUUCUAAUUUUUUCCUCAAGUACUGCAAUAUUGAAAAUCUUGGAGAAAUUAAUUUGUCAACACGCUAUGUUGAAAACUUCACCCUGGAGCACAAUAUUAUCAAGAUCAUUCAUUCCAGUGCUGUCUUCCAAGACUCAAGCUACAUCACUUUCUUGGGUAACAAAAUUGACAAGCUUCAGUUCUUGGCAAUUGAUUCAGAUGUGUACAACUUCACUUUUGUGGAAAAUGAAGUUAACUACAUAGCAUUGGAAAGUAUGGUAGUAAAUAAUUCAACUAUAGUUUCUGUAACAGAAAAUUCAUUUUACCAUAUUGAGCAAUUUGGCCUGACAUGGCUGCAACCGAGGAUGAAAGGAACCUUGAUAUUCUCCUCUAAUCAUUUCCAUGAAUUUAAGCCUGGCACUCUACUUUUCUAUUACUCAGUCCAUAACAAGAACCUACAGAUUAAAAAUAAUAUGUUUCAUAUGGGAAACUGUGAUUGCGACUCUCAACAACUGAUCAGACAAAUGGCUGAGGCAAACAAUGAAACCUUUUCCAGUUUCUACAAAGAAAGGAUGGAUAUAUAUGGCUUGUUCAUUGACUCGUCUUACUGCAUUGAUAAGACAGAAAAAAAACAUAAUCUAGCUGAACUCUGUAAAUUGCCUGAAAGUGGGCUUGCAUUUCCUUUAAUAACAUUUGGUAUUCUAGUCAUAAGUGCCCUCUUGAUAAUCUGUGUGGUUAGAAAAAUAUACAAAAAUAGGUGUAAACGAAGACACAAAGGCAAAGAAGCAUACCAUUCAACAUUUAUAAACCUAAUGACUAUUAGCUCUGAUGAAGAAGAAUGAUGAUAACAAUCAAAUCAAAACUAUGGUAAAUUUAGUCUUCCACCAUUAGCAAUAUCUUAACCUGUUCAUCAGGCAAGCAGGAAUGGCCAACUUCUAAGUCCAACACCUGACAUAUUUUUAAAAGAAAUUAGAUCAUAUUUUUAAACAAAACAAUAAAAUUAAACCCCACAUAAAUAAAAGUUCUCUUUUCACAGAAAAAUAAUAAAGUCU